UAGAACAUCAGUAGCUGUGAGGACUUUUAACGUUUGUGAAACGAAGAAGAUGAAGCAAGAAAGCGGCUAUAAACAGUACAAAUUCAUAAAUACAAGAAUGAAAUAGUCGUCAUCAUCAUUUUAGAUCAGAUCAGAUCAGCAAUGGCUUCCAGUUCCUUCUCCUUGUGCAGGUUAAGAACUCCUUGCUUCUCGGCCUGCAGGCUCAAGGUACAGCUCCCUCCUCAGGCCAGAUCCCAAAGUUUUCGGGAUGAUCAAGGAAAUUCUUCAGACACAGUGGACGGGAACUUGAGUAUUUUAAGGUACAGAAUGGAGCAAGUGAGGAUGAAGGAAAGGCUACACACGUGUUACAAGCUGGGGAAUUAUGGAUGGAAUUACAGAUCCGGGUACGACGACGUACGGAAGAAAAAUGGCAUGGUUUUGCUGUCAAUUGAGCUUGCAGUUAUAGUUGUCAGCACAGUUGGACUUGUUUUUCUUAGUGGCUCUCUUUGCAUUUUCAUUGUUGCACUUUUUUUUCAUCACUCACAAAUUUAACUCUAAUUAUGUUUCUGUUUUUUCUUAACUUAAUUCCGUCUUCCCUCAUUUAUAUUGUUUUACAAUUCAAAUAAAAGAAAAAAAAAGGGAAUUUCUUUUCCCUAUACAUUAC